GGAACGACUACUCUCUUUGUUUACAUUUUGACCUACAAGUUUAGUACAAGUACAACUUCGUAAGACGGUAACUUGGGCAUUUACUUGGAAACCAUAGAGAGCCAGUGUUGACAACUCUCACGUGUGUGAUGCUGGUGGAUGACCAUUGUGAUGUGGAUAAGACACAGUUUAAGAUUCGCCCUCCCAUACUCAACAAGAUCAUGGUCUAGGCCACUGAAGAAUCGACACAAACUCCAUUCAGUAUUGAGAGGGUACAGCGUGACGACCCAGCCAGGGGCUGUAGAUUCCCUGUCCAUCAUGUCCUCAGACAGGCACCAGGACCUCAGGGACAUAUUCAACACAGCCAUAUCAUCUGUACUACCCGCCAAAAUGAUAACAAGGGCUCUGACUGUGAAGGACAACACUCUCCAUGUUGGGGGGAGGGAGUAUGAACUGGACAAGAAUGUGUACGUGGUGGGGUUUGGUAAGGCGGUGGCAGGAAUGGCCCGGGCAGUGGAGGAUCAGCUCCACCACCACAUCAUUGACGGCAUCAUCAGUGUACCGCACAGACUCGGCACGACUCUCAGGGAACUUGGCAAAGGUGAUCUAUGGUUGAAGCAGAACACCAAACUAAAGGUGAUGGAGGGAGCGAAGGGAAACCUCCCUGAUGCUGAUUCGGAGAGGGCCGCCCAUGCCAUCAAGAAAUUAGUGACCAGCCUGACAGAGAGACACAUCCUGAUCGUGCUGAUAUCUGAUGAUACAUCAGGUGGCGGAUCGGCUCUUUUACCCCUGCCCUGCCCUCCCAUUACGUUGGAGGAGGAGGCGGCGCUGACCAAAACUCUGUCCCAGAACGGGGCCACCAUUAACGACAUGAACACCAUCAGGAAACACAUCGAGGAACUCAAAGGCGGCGGGCUGGCCAAGGCGGCAUUCCCCGCGCAGGUGAUCUCAUUAAUUCUUUCUGACGUUGUUGACGAUAAGAUGGACAUUAUCGCUAGCGCGCCCACCGUUUUCGACAUUUCGUCGCCUCAGAUGUGUAUUGAUAUUUUCAAAGAGCUCAAAAUACAGAAGCAAGUACCCGCUUCCGUCAACGAAUUCCUAUUUAAGAAAUCCGUCGAGUUUGCAAAGAUGCCAUCAUUGAAAAAACCAGAGGCCGGAUAUUCUACACCAUGGUCCAAGUUUCAGCAUGUGAAAAACGUCAUCGUAGGAAACAACAGCAUGGCCACACAGGCCGCCAAAGAUCGGGCGGAGGAACUGGGACUACUUUCGCUCGUGUUAAGUGCAUCUCUGGAAGGGGAAGCACGCAACGUGGGCGAACUAUUCGUAGAUAUUGCGAAGUAUAUAGCAUUUGUGUACAAUUACAAGCCAUCGCGUGAUGGCGGGUCCGUAUCACUAGUCCAGCUGGAGCUAAAACUCGCGCAGUUUGGUUUCGAGAAAAAAGUGCUGAAUGAUCUGAACUCUCUGACAAGGAAAGCUUGCAACUGUCGUAAAGGUGUCUGCGUCGUAAGCGGAGGAGAAACUGUUGUAAAAGUCAAAGGUCAAGGAAAAGGUGGGCGGAAUCAGGAAAUGGCGCUUGCUUUUGGAAUAGGGUUGGAAAAUGCGCGUGUUGAGGAAGAAAAAUUAAAGCGGUUCUCGAUCGAGUUUCUGAGCGGCGGCACGGACGGACAGGACGGGCCGACGGACGCCGCCGGAGCCAUAGCAGACGACAACUUAAUCCAGAAAUGUACGCUAGAGGGCGUGGAGGCGGAAACUUUUCUGGAGAAGAAUGACAGUUAUACGUUGUUUUCGGACCUGGAUGACGGGGCAUACAUUGUCAAGACAGGUCUAACCGGAACUAACGUUAUGGACAUCCAGGCCCUGAUCGUUAGACCCAGGAACCUUGAUGACCUCUGAUCUUGACCUUGACAUAGGUUUUUUCAUGGGUGGUUUUUCUUAAGUGACGAAAUUAAAGCGCUUUACAUAAUGUGCAAAUAAUUACGGAUAACAUAUUUUGCAAUCUAGUUUAACACGGGUGAUUCAAUUUUUUAUUGAUAAUUUUUUUUAACUGGAUACAGAUUUUUAGGGGUUAGUUGAAGAGAUAGUGCAAUGUACUUUUGUGGAGCAACUUUUGUUUGUAUCGUUCUUAACUACGUAAACAAUGGUUUUCAUUUUUAUUUAUUUUUGUACAUCGAAAUAUACAACUUAACAUGUGCCAUAAACAAGACGUUUUGUUUAAACAUAGUGCUACAUUACAGAUGCUGUGUUCUUUGUUUUCUUAGUGCAGCUCUUGUACAAUACAAGCACAUUAUUAUAUGACUGCUGCAAUGAUAAGAGUACACAGUAUGAAUAUUCUGAUUCAGGAUCAAAUUCAGAUAUUCUAGAAACUGACACAGUAGAAAACCAAGGGAAAUCUGUUGGUAACAGUGCAAUUGAAAUGAUAAUUAGAUGCCCCUUGUGUAUGUAUUGACGUGAACGUAUUUUUAUUUAUUUAUAGACGGUGCAUUCUGAUUAUUAAUUGCGCAUGUGUGACCUAUAUUACUCAAAGGCGGAAGUUAUUAAUAAUACACCCAAGAGACAAAUUUGAUGUUGAAGUUGCUCUUCCUAUUAAGAUACUUUGAUCACAUGAAGUUAAAAGUGUUUAAUUAUUCUUAAUAAAUAGGUAUACAUGAACAUGUAUAUGAAAGAGAAAUAAAACUGAAUGAUCUAUAUUAUUAUGCCGUGAAGAAAAUAAAAUGUUUAAUGGAAGUUUUGACGUAUAAAUUCCUCUGACAUGCGAACAAUAGACUUUGAUAUAUGGACAUAGUUGAUCUGAAAAUUAUCUCGACCUAAGAAUGAAUUCUUAGUUGUGUAUGUACAUCUGACGUUACAUUGUAAUGAACUGUCACCCAAACUCAUUAACUAUUAGCAUUGCUGACCCUAGUGGAGUAAAUCACUCGACGGGCCCCUAGAAAUGUGCACAUAUAUUGUCUUGUAUACAUAUAGGUAAUAUGUACUGUUGUUUUACUGGUAUAAAUCUUGUCUGUCUUGGUGAUGUAUUGAAGUUUUCUAUUUUAAGAGCAAGAGAUCUUGGCUAUGGGGAAUUACUGUAGAUCACAACAGUGAAUACAUAAUAAAACUAUUCUGUGUGUUCUCAUUUACAUAGAUUGAAAUGAAUGAUCGAUUUUAGAAACUAAUAUAUAUUUUUGAACAUAGAUACAUGAUUUCAUUAAUUUUAUUAGAAAU